AAAUGGGGAGAUGAGAUAGAGUACACAGUGGUAAAGUUUGACCACGAGCAUAAGAAGGUUAGAGUCUCAUGUCGUGCAGAGGAGUUGCUUUCACGGCUACAGGCUCAAGAAGAGGUUGAUAAAGUCAAUGCUUUGGUCGGGACCGUAAAUCACUUUCUAUGGCGACCGGAAUUCGCUGCAUACAUGGUUGAGGGGACCCCAGGAGUACCGUACGGAGGUCUCUUGGCAUGUUUCAAUGUUGUCGAAGCCAAUAUGGUCGUUCGUCGCAAGGAAGUGCAGAAAAUGCUCAAAAAGGGAGAAACCGUUCUAUCAAUCUCCUUUCCCGCCUUGGGUUCACCCGAUUUCACAUCUCCAUCUAUGAAGCCAACUCCUCGUGAAGAAGGGCCUGGCCGCAGUAUUUUUUGGCCCGAGGAUGCGGUAUUUUGUGGGCAUCCUAGGUUCAAAAAUCUUGUGAAGAACAUCCGCGGUCGAAGAGGGGAGAAAAUUGCAAUCAACGUGCCAAUCUUUAGGGAUAAAAAUACUCCAAAUCCUUACAUA